AUGAGUGAAGCAGGGGAAGGAAAUUGUUUAGUUCAAGAGGAACAAAUGAUUGUGGAUACAUCACCGCAUACAAUGGGUCCUCCCAAUGAAAUACUUUCACAAGAACCUAAUGAUGAAGAAACAGUUGUAAUUGAUCCAGAAAGCGAAGAAUUGGAUUUAAAUCAUCACAGAAUAGCAAAAAUACAAAAUUUUGAACCCCUUACCAAACUAAAAAAAUUAUGUCUCCGUUGGAAUCUUAUUAAAAAAAUAGAAAACUUAUCAACUCUUUCAACACUUACCGAAUUGGAAUUAUACGAUAAUCAAAUUACGGAAAUAGAAAACUUGGAAGCUCUGACCAAUUUAGAAGUUUUGGAUUUAUCUUAUAACAGGAUAAAACAAAUACAAGGUCUUGAUGCUUUAAAAAAUUUGGUUCGAUUAUAUUUAGUUUCGAAUAAAAUAAAACAAAUUGAAAAUUUAUCAUCUUUAGUUAAAUUGACUCACCUGGAAUUGGGAGAUAAUAAAAUCAGGAAAAUAGAAAAUUUGGAUAACCUAACAAAUUUAGUCGAAUUACAUUUAGGUAAAAAUAAAAUAACAAAAGUUGAAAAUUUGGAAUCGUUGUCAAAUUUAAAGAUUCUCGGAGUUAUGAGUAAUCGUUUGACUAAAAUUGAGGGAUUGGAAAUGUUACAUAAUUUAGAAGAGCUUUACAUGUCUGAAAAUUUGAUUGAUACAAUAGAAGGGCUAGGAGGUUGCACAAUGUUGAACACAUUAGAUUUAGCAUCGAAUAAAAUCAAAUUAAUUGAUAACAUUUUGCAUUUAUCAGGUCUCCGUGAACUUUGGCUAAAUUCCAAUUCUAUUGAAGAUUGGAGUUGUAUAGAGAAGCUAAAAGUUCUUGAAAAUUUAGAAACAAUUUAUUUGGAAUACAAUCCAGUAGCCAAAGACAUAGCUUAUAGAAGGAAACUGAAAUUGUUUUUGCCCACAUUGACACAAAUCGAUGCUACCUUGUGCAGGUAG